ACAUACUUAAAAAGACCUACCGUAUUACCCCCAACCCAAACCAACUCCAAAACCCUAAACACCCACUCGCUGACUGCCUCUUUCUCUCUGUCUCAACGCUUCGAACUUUGUUUCUCUCAAAAACUUAUCGUAACAACAAUGGCGACGCCUUCUUUGGGCGAAGAUACUGCCAAGGCUGUUCUUCGCCAGCAUUUCUUUUUCCUUUUUAAAAUUAUUUUACAGGUAGAGUUUUACUUCAGUGAUAGCAAUAUUCUGAGAGACGAUUUUCUCAAGAAAAAAAUCAGCGAGAACGAUGAUGGCAUGGUAAGUUUGGCAUUGAUUUGUUCGUUUUCAAAGAUGAGAGGCCAUUUGAAUUUAAUGGCUGUGAAGGCGGAAGAUGUGCCUGAGGUUACUCUGAAAGCCGUUGCUGAAACCCUCAGAACUUCCUCUUCCCUCAAGGUUUCUGAAGAUGGGAAGAGAGUUGGUAGAAGCACUGAGCUAUUACAGCCCGAUGAAUUGAUAGAGCAAUUGGACAAUAGAACAAUUGCUGCGUCCCCAUUCGAGUACAAUGUCCAGAGGGAAGAUGUAGAAGCCUUUUUUGGUCAAUGUGCUAAGGUUAAUAGUGUGAGGUUGCCUCGUCAUGUGGCGCACAAAAGGUAUUUUUGUGGCACAGCUUUUAUUGAAUUCUCAACUGAGGAGGAUGCCCAAAAGGUUUUGGAGCAAAGCUUGGUUUUUGCGGGUGCUGAGCUGGAAUUAAAACCAAAGAAGGAUUUUGAUGCUAUAAGAGAAGAAGAAGCAAAGGAGUUUGAGGGUAAUCAUCCAAUCACAGGUUCAAACGAAUCAAAGGCAGAAGAAAAAUACCCCAAGGGCUUACUCGUUGCAUUUACAUUAAAGCACAUUUCAGCUGGGGACCCUGCAGAGCCAAAUGCUUCUGAUGAACAUUUAAAGGAUGGUGCUACUGGAAGAGGUGAACAGAAGACUACAGAAAAUGACAAUGACAACAUAGAAAAGGUUGAUGAUAAAAAUAUUACAUGGAGUGACAAAAUGGACAUGAAAAGUCCCAUUCAAAAGGUUGAAGACAAGGAACAUAAAUCCGUUGCAUCUGUCUAUAAAGAUGAUAUGAAUGUUAUUCUGCGUGAGGAUUUGAAGGAUGCUUUUAAAAAAUUUGGCACUGUAAAGUAUGUUGAUUUCAAAGCUGGAGAGGAUAAGGGUUACAUUCGUUUUGAUGCACCUGAAGCAGCCCAGAAAGCUCGAGCUGCUGCAGUCCUGUCUAAAGAAGGUGGUCUGGCUAUCAAAAAUUUCAUUGCUUCUUUAGAACCGGUAACUGGUGAUGCUGAGAGGGAGUAUUGGAGUCUACUUCGUCGUAACCAAGAUAAGCACCGGGGAAACAAGCGCUUUCAAGCAAGGGGAGGAAAACAUGGCCGGGGUAGAGCAAAUAAUUCUCCAGGAUGUCGUCCAAAUAAAGCUAGAAGAAUUGGAGCAGCAUGAGAGUGAUAUACGGACGUAAGAUGGGUUGAGAUCAUAUUUGUUCCAUAGCUUGAGGAUUUUGUUGGGAAUAAGCCAUGGCUGGUUGUCUCUUUCUGGUUUAAGACUUUAAGUUAGCCAUAAGUUUUAAUAGUUGCUUUAUAUAACAGGUGGGAAUAUAUUUUUGUUGCUUGAAUACUUUAAACCGUGCUUUUUGAUUCCCUUCAAAAUUUCAAGUGUCUUUUUUCUCCCAAAUGCAAAAAUGAGUGUGUGAAGUCAAACAUUGUAGUGACAGACGUGAAGGACAUUAUACCGCAUAGCCACUUUAUCUUUUGCAAUAACAUCUCCAAUAGUUAACAGUGAAGAGGGAUAUGAGGUGGAAAAAAGUUCCUAAAAGGUAAGAAAAACACUUGAAUAGUACCUUCAUGUGGGGAAAGAGGCACGCCAUGACAAGAGAGAAAGUAAGCUACUCUGUUUCUUUCCACUAUAUAAAAGUGCAAAUAAUCCUCUUAGUUUUCCAGGUUUCUUGACUAUAUCAACAGGUUGAGAGAACAGAAAGAUCAGAAAGAGAUGCA